UAGCUCUAUACCUCAUUCUAUACACAUAUCAAAAGAGAGAUCACAGUUAAAGAUGGCUUUCCAAGUUACAAUUAGGACGAAGUCCCUUUUCUUCACCAUCCUAGGCUUAGCAUUUGUAGCCCAAAUUGCAAUAGCUCAAGACUGCGGGUGUGCCGCAGGCCUGUGUUGCAGCGAAUUUGGUUACUGUGGCACCGGCGAUGCCUAUUGCGGCAAGGGUUGUAAAGAAGGUCCUUGUACUACCACCCCCACACCGACACCAACUACUAACGGUGGCUCGGUGGCAGAUAUUGUGACCACUGACUUCUUUAACGGGAUUAUUAAUCAGGCUGGUGCUGACUGUGCCGGAAAGAGCUUCUACACCAGACAGGCUUUUCUCGAUGCCCUCGGUUCUUAUGGUGAUUUCGGUACCACCGGUUCCGCUGAUGACAAUAAGCGGGAAGUUGCAGCGCUGUUUGCUCACGUCACGCAUGAGACUGGCCAUUUUUGCUACAUAGAAGAGAUAAAGAAGGACAUCUACUGCGACACGAGUAAAACAGAGUACCCAUGCAACCCCAACAAGCAGUACUACGGGCGUGGACCACUCCAGCUCACCUGGAACUACAAUUACGGAGCUGCCGGAAGUGCCAUUGGCUUUGACGGCCUGAACUCCCCCGAAACGGUGGCUACAGACCCCGUGGUGGCGUUCAAAACGGGCUUGUGGUUUUGGAUGACCAAUGUGCACUCCGUUAUAGGCCAAGGAUUCGGAGCCACAACUCGAGCCAUCAACGGUGACGUGGAAUGUGAUGGCAAAGCUCCGGACAAAGUUCAAGCUCGCGUCAACUAUUAUAAUGACUACUGCACCCAACUUAAUGUUUCUCCGGGUGACAAUCUCUAUUGCUAAACAUGUUAACUAAUUAAUUGUGGAAUAAAUUAAUAAAAGUGCAGCUAGCCUAAAAAAACAUAUAACAUCAAUCUCUUCUCUCUCAAAAAUGAUAUGUACUGAUAUAUCAUGCAUGGUAUAGCCAUGAAAGGAGAGGACUACCUCCUAUUCUGUAGUCCACGUAUUCUUUUUUUAUAAGAUAAUAAAAUAAAGAGAGCUCGAAUUGGUACGCUUGAUUGAAAUUAGAAAUUUAU